AGUUUUUUUUUCAAAACAAAGUUAUCCAAUUUUUUUUAAAGGAAAAAAAAUCGAUGGACUUGUUUGAUCGAUUGCCAGAUACUCUGGUAUUGGACAUCUUGAACAGAGUCGGUGACGUAAAGACGCUGAUACGAUGUCGUUCCGUGUCGAAGCGGCUCAACUCGCUCGUUCCUCAGUCCGAGUCUCUACUCCUCCGACUCGACCACGAGUCCGACACCGAGUUCGAUUCUCCCGUUGUCGGCUUUUUCCGGUCACUCUUCAAGUCCCUUCAUGACCUCCUCCCGCUGUUCCCCCGACCCGUCCACCCCACCCGGCCCCCGAAAAACCCGGCCCAGAUCCUCUCCGGGUUUGACCGGAUCCAGAAUCUGGAAGUGGAGUUUCCCGGCGGUGACAUCAACCUCGAGAAAGGCGCCGCCGUCAAGUGGAAGGCGGAGUUCGGGAAGACCCUCAGGAGCUGCGUCAUCGUCGCGUUCCGUUCCGUGACGGUUUCAAAGGAAUGUUCCGGCGAGAGAGAAGGUACGGCGGAGUCGGACGUGGAGUUUGUGAGUGGGCUGAAGACGCGCGUGGUGUGGACGGUAAGCGCGUUAAUGGCGGCAUCAGCGCGUCACCUACGGAUGAAAGAAGUGGCGAAGGAGCACAAAGAGAUGGAGAGAGUUGUCCUGAGAGACAGGGAAGGAGAAGGGACAGUGGUGAUGGACACGGAGGGGCUGAGGGAGUACGCUUCAGAGGCGGCUGAGCGUGACGGAGAAGACGGCGGUGAGCGCGUGGGGGAGGUGGAGAGGGGCCGUACGGUGGUGCCGAGCGUGAGGAUGAGUAUGAGGCACGCGCCGUCGCUGCGGCUGAAGAGUGGGAUAUGUCUCGAGGGCGCAACGCUGGUGGUGGUCCGGCCAAGCGGGGCUACCGGAGAUGAUGAUCUUGCGGCAGAGGCGUUCGCGGGGGAUAUGGGCGGCGACUGUAUGUACGGGGAGGCGGUUGCGGCGCUGCUGAAACGUAGGAGAAAUGUACUUGAAAUGAAUUCGUUUUAGCUAUUGGGCCUACUACUGGGCUUUGUGAUGGGCUUUUUCUUCCAACGUGUCUUAUUCUGUUUGGUUGUAUAUGUUGUGAUAUGCCACGAUUUAUUUCCCAUGGUGAAUGUGAUGCAGCUUUAGUACGGUCGAUAUGAG